GUUCGCCUUUCUGUUCCGCGGCGUUGCCCCAGCAACCGGGCUAUGGACGCGGAGGGGCCUCCAGGCAGCUAAAUUCCGAAACCCUGGGGCUCUUCAUUCACCUGCCCUGCGGGCCUCAAGCACCAUGUCGGUGCGGACUCUGCCGCUGCUCUUCUUGAACUUAGGCGGAGAGAUGCUUUACGUCCUAGACCAGCGACUGAGGGCCCAGAACAUCCCGGGAGACAAGGCCCGCAAAGAUGAAUGGACAGAGGUGGACAGAAAACGAGUUCUGAACGACAUCAUUUCGACCAUGUUCAACAGGAAGUUCACGGAGGAGCUGUUCAAACCCCAGGAGCUGUACUCCAAGAAGGCCUUGAGGACUGUGUACGACCGCCUGGCUCAUGCCUCCAUCAUGCGACUGAACCAGGCCAGCAUGGAUAAGCUCUAUGACCUGAUGACCAUGGCUUUCAAAUAUCAAGUGCUGCUGUGCCCACGCCCCAAGGACGUGCUGCUAGUCACUUUCAACCAUUUAGACUCCAUCAAGGGUUUCAUCCAAGACUCACCAACCAUCAUCCAUCAGGUGGACGAGACCUUCCGGCAGCUGACAGAAAUCUACGGGAGUCUCUCUGCCGGGGAGUUCCAGCUGAUCCGGCAGACACUGCUUAUCUUCUUCCAAGACCUGCAUAUCCGAGUGUCCACAUUUCUAAAGGACAAAGUUCAGAAUUCUAAUGGUCGCUUUGUGUUGCCAGUGUCGGGGCCUGUUCCCUGGGGAACGGAAGUUCCUGGAGUCAUUAGAGUGUUCAAUGACAAAGGUGACGAGGUGAAGAGGAUGGAAUUCCGGCACGGCGGGGACUAUGUUGCUGCCCACAAGGAAGGUUCUUUUGAGCUUUAUGGAGACCGAGUCUUGAAACUGGGAACUAACAUGUACAGUGCGAGUCGUCCUGUGGAAACCCAUAUGUCUGCAACAUCAAAGAACUCAGCCUCCAGGGCACAGGAAAACAUUGCUCCAAACCCUCUUGCCAAAGAAGAGCUGAAUUUCUUGGCCAGGCUAAUAGGAGGGAUGGAGAUCAAGAAGCCAAGUGGCCCUGAACCAGGAUUCCGACUGAAUCUGUUUACCACCGACGAGGAAGAGGAACAUGCAGCGCUGUCUCGGCCCGAGGAGUUAUCCUAUGAAGUCAUCAGCAUACAGGCCACACAGGACCAGCAACGGAGUGAGGAGUUGGCCCGGAUCAUGGAGGAGUUUGAGAUGACAGAGCAGCCGGAGCGGAACACAAGCAAGGGAGAUGACUUGCUGGCCAUGAUGGACAGGUUAUAGACAAGCAGAUGGGCACACCCUAGGCCUCCCUCAAGAGACUGACUGCCUUAUGACCACUGGGAGAGACAAAUGGCCUACACCUUCUAGUCCAUUUUCUAAGUCAGAACAAACUGUGAAGAUCUCUCAGAGAGCAUCCACUUCUGAAGCCACACAUGUUUGUGUAUUUUCAGCAAAAUAUAUUCUUGCUCUUAACCCAGA